GUCAAAUUUAUUUAUACUAAAUUAAAAAAAAAAAUCGGAAUUCUUCGCUCCAAACUCCAAAGCAAACAUGACAACAUUUCAUAUCCAGCGCACUGGGACGUGCCCAAAUUUGUUGACCCCAAGUAUUUCUCGUAAUGACCUUUAUACCGUUGAUUCUGGAACGUGCCUUUAGUAUUGCAUAUCGAUCCAGUCCUUAGGAUUUAAGGUAAAGACAAAGAGCUAUAUCGUCACUUCUGAAGCAUUUGAGUCACCAUUUGAUCUGGUUUAAAGGCGGGGUUCAAGACUUUAAACCCCGCCAUUUUUCAUAUUUUUCAAAAAUCCUAAACCCCAGAAAAUCUCUUUUAAACAUUCUGGAACCCUACAAAUUUGCUUCAUUUUGGCCCUGUAAAUCUCUUUGAAUUUUACUUCACUUUCGAUUUAGUUUUAAUCUCAUGGGAUCUUAUUUUUGGAGGAAAUGAUCAAUUUUCGACGUUAAUGAUCCUGCAUUAAGAAUCGGCCAUUGUUUAUUUUUGGAGAGAGGAUACAUGGCAAAAGUUUUUUCUUCUUUGUUGAGGGGUUUCAGAAUCUACGGAGCUCAGAGGCAGGGACAUCCGCUGUUAUUAACUACUGGAAAUCACAGCAGAUAUUUUGGCUCCCAAACAUGUUUUAGAGGAGGACAUAAGACAACAGGACAACUCUUUCGAUUGGCUAUUGUUGGAGUUAGUGCUUUCUCCAUUUACAACACAAUCUCUAGAGAUGAAAAAUUUAAGACCAACAUAUCUCAGUCUUCAUAUGACUUUCCAUUGAGGUGGUGGCAGUCUUUAUUGGGAGAAGUCCAUCAACUUUCUCCAUGGUUGGAUACCACAAACAAGGGGUAUCUGCCAGUAAACUUUUCUAGAACUGAUGGUACUGAUACGUUGAAUUCAAAUUCACCUCCUUUUAUCGGUAUUAAGAAGAAAGGUUCAACGUCACCUCCUUAUAUCGGUGUCAAGGAGAAAGGUUCUGAUGAUGUUGGAGAUGAGAACAACUCCAGUUCUGGCUGCUUGGGUAGGAAUUCCAUCGCAAAUGCGGCUGCUCUGGUUGGACCUGCUGUUGUCAAUCUUUCAGUUACACAAGGUUUCAGUGGCAUGACCCUGGGGAAGAAUAUAGGAUCUGGAACAAUAAUUGAUCCAGACGGCACAAUCUUAACUUGUGCCCAUGUUGUGGUAGGCUUCCAAAGUGCUAGGUCUCCAUACAAGAGAAAGGUCGAUGUAACUCUGCAAGAUGGCCGAACAUUUGAAGGCGAGGUGGUAAACGCUGAUUUUCACUCUGACAUUGCUGUUGUGAAGAUCAAAUCUAAGACUCCAUUGCCAGCUGCGAAGCUUGGUUCAUCAGGCAUGCUUCGUCCUGGAGACUGGGUGGUAGCUCUAGGUUGUCCUCUUUCCUUGCAAAAUACAAUAACAGCUGGUAUUGUUAGCUGCGUCGACCGCAAAAGCAGUGAUUUGGGUCUUGCAGGAAUUCGAAGGGAGUAUUUACAAACAGAUUGUGCGAUUAAUGAGGGUAAUUCGGGAGGGCCUCUUGUCAAUCUUGAUGGAGAAGUUAUUGGAGUUAACAUCAUGAAGAUUGUGGAUGCUGAUGGUUUGAGCUUCGCUGUACCAAUAGACUCGAUCAUAAAAAUUAUUGAACAAUUCAAGAAGAAUGGGAGAGUUGUUCGGCCUUGGCUUGGUUUGAGAAUGCUUGAUCUUAACAAUAUGAUCGUUGCUCAGCUUAAAGAAAGAGAUACCUCAUUCCCUGAUGUGAACAGAGGGGUACUUGUGCCACUGGUGACUCCUGGCUCCCCGGCUGAUCGUGCUGGAUUUCUCCCUGGAGAUGUGGUUGUCGAACUUGACGGAAAACCAGUGGGAAGUGUCGAGGAGGUUGUAGAAGUUCUGGAGGACAAGGUUGGGGUGCCCAUGAAGGCAGUUGUUAAGAGAUCAAACAAUAAUACAGUCACUCUCACGGUUGUGCCAGAGGAAGCAAAUCCUGUGAUAUAGAACUGAUCCGUUACUAGGUCGUUUCAACAAUGCCCGCAGGAGCAUAUGUCCCUUUGCUCCCUCGCAUAGAAAAUACUCCUUCCCUAGUGAAACAUGAAAGAUGGGAAUCUCAAUUUUUCAAGGCAAAAUCCCUUCUUUGUAAGCAGAAUCCUAACCUAAAAUCGGUAAAUUAAAAAGAAAAUAAGGUGUUCUGCCCCUAAAAUAUGGAAAAGAGCCUUCUUGAUUCAUGUUUUA